AUGACAACUACAGGGUUUGGAGUCAUGGUGACUUUAAUGUUGUCAUGGCUACCAAGACUUUGGGCCACAGAGCAAUUACAUUGUUUACAAGGUGAAGGACUGGUAAACAGGCGUGAAAUGUACUACAACAGUAAGAGUCUGACGUUAAUGUUAGAGAGCAGUCACAGUGUGUCCCAUAAUAUCACCAACCAAAUCCUAAGAACGCUGCUUACAGAGAUAGUGGGGUAUCAUCGUGUCCAGAUACAGAAUGAGUUCUCCAAUACACUCAACACUACAGCCAUACUAAACCGUAUGUCCGGCUGUUACAGUAGCGGAUGUACUGCCAAGUCGAAGUCUGUUGUCCCACGCACAAUGAUUAAUAUUGAAGUACCAGUAGUAGCAGGAUUUCUGUCCAACCAAUGGAAUCAGGCCGGCACUGUUGUCAGUGUUGGAGCACUUGGACCACUGGCCAGGCCUGGCUGGUAUAUUGCUGAUUACACUAUAGACAAGCUGUGGGAGACUGGACAGAUUGCUGACCACUGGCGGUCACUACUUCUGGAAGAUGUGACCCAGAUCUUCUCCAUGUCAGACCAACUGCCAGUUUUGAGAAACCUGACUAAGAAAGCUAAUGGCGGAUACUUGUGUAACUUCCAUGGCUGUGUUCAGGGAAUCUACUAUGGCCCAAGGUGUCCACAGACUGACCAAUCCACAUGUGCUGUCUUGUUGUCAUCCUAUCCAGAAUGGAACAAGGAUGUCCUGAUAGGCCAAGUAGAGACUUUAGACCUACUUGUAAAUAUUGCCUGGCUGGGUGACCACUACUGGAGAUAUAUAAGUAAUCAGGUGGAACAGCGCCAUCCAGUGCUGUUAUUUGGCCUUCACCCAGACAUCAUUGCCUUGGGAGCAGACUUUACCCGCAUCAGGUUCCCAACAUGUAAAACUCUUCCCACAAACUUUCCUGUUGGCUGUGAUUAUGAAACAAAUCAAUUUACAAAAUUUGUUUGGUCGAAAAUAAAGACAAAUGCUCCUGAAGCCUAUUAUGUCAUCUCAAAAUUUCAUUUUGAACAAUUGGAGUUUGAAUCUCUACUUAAGAAUUACAGCAUAUCUAAAUCUGUAUCAAGUGUUGCGUGUGAUUGGUUAAAUCAGAAUAGACAUAAAUGGUUGGCAUGGAUACCGAAAAAUUUAUCGAUGAAACAGAAAAUUUAUUUGCUUGGAUUUUUUCCUGUAUCUGGAGUACAAUGGACUCAACCCGGAUUGGUGCAAGGAGCUGAACUGGCCUUAGACAGAGUAAAUAAAAAUCCUGGAGUUUUACCAAAUCAUGACCUUGAACUCAUCAUUGUUGACUCUCAGUGUAAAGCAGAUGUAGCCAUGAGGGAAUACAUCAAAUAUAUUCACAACUCUACCAACCUCAAUAUAGCUGGUGUCUUAGGCCCAGCAUGCUCUGAUGAAGCAGAGUCCAUUGCGUCCCUGUCUAAGCACUUCUACAUGUUUACAGUAAGCUACAGUGCAGAGGCAUCAUCACUUUCUGACAGAGUUACCUACCCUUAUUUCUACCGUACAAUUCCCCAAAUCAGUGUGCACAAAUAUGUGUAUGAGCAACUUUUCAACAAAUUAGAAUGGCACCAAGUGGGUGCAUUAGCAGAGGCAGGCCAGGAAUUGCCAGAGUAUCACCUUUUACUUCAGGAUCAUCUACAGAAAUCUGGGGUCAAGGUCGUUAUCCGGCACGAUAUAGUACAAACACAUGAUCACAGCUAUGAUGUCACCCAGAUUUUUGCUGACCUGCGAGCGAGAAAUGUCAGGAUAAUCAUUGCUGAUUUCUAUGUGGGAGCAGCUCGUGCAAUCAUGUGUGAAGCUUAUCGACAGAGGAUGACGGCUCAUGAAGGUUAUGUGUGGUUUUUGCCUUCACUGUGGUACUCUGUUGGCUGGUGGCAGGUCAGACAAGGGGCGGAUGACAUUCCCUGUACCACUCAACAGAUGCUUUAUGCUAUUGAUGGUCAUUUCAUACUAUCCAAGACUUUUGCAGAUUCAGAUCAAACAGUCAUCAUGGGCAACUUUACUGUAGGAAUGUUUAAGAAGUUAUACGCAGAAAGAGUUGGGAGAGCACAGGUGAAACCCAGUCCCUAUGCAACUUAUGUAUACGAUGCAGUGUGGGUGUAUGCUCUCGGGCUCAACAAGCUUCUCAGCUCGCAGCCAGGAGCAUUAGAACUGCUUCAUCAAAAAUCUACAGCAGAUACCUUGGUGCACUACAUCAAUGAAACAGACUUCCAAGGGGUAUCUGGGAGGGUACGGUUUGAGGGAGGAGAUCGUCCCGGACAGAUACAAGUCAUGCAGGUCUUCCACAAUAUCACCAGAGUUGUAGGCAAAUAUACUCCUGGGGUUCCAGCUGGGGCAGGAACGCUGGACCUGUACCAGUCACACAUCAGAUGGCUUACCCCCGGGGGUCAUACACCUAGCGACGGUCAGCCAGAGGAGAAGUUGUGUGUGAUUGAAGACUUCCGAGAGAUGUUCAGUGUAAGCUGUGAGAUGUCCAUUGUUAUUGCUAAUGUCAUCGGCUUUGGGGUGUUCGUCAUCUUAGUUGUGUUUGUACUAGUCGUCAUCAAAUUCAGAUCAAUUGACUUCCUCACAGAGUCUGAGAUAAUGAAACGGUUUUCCCAUCCAAAUAUUGUCAAGUUACUUGGGGUGUGUACAAGGGGCGAGCCAGUGCUUGCCAUAAUGGAGUACCAUCUCCAUGGUGACCUGAAGACCUAUCUGUUGUCCCGAAGGAGUCUAGUUGGUCAGGCAACACGAGAGGCUGAGGACAUCAGUGCUGAACGUCUCACACAGAUGGUGCUGGAUAUCACUAGUGGUCUGAAGUACAUACAUGACCUUAGAUAUGUACAUAGAGAUUUGGCGUGUAGGAACUGUCUUGUGCAUGCCAAUCAGACUGUGAAAAUUGGAGAUUUUGGAAUGACAAGGACAUUGAUUGAGUCUGAUUACUACAGAUUUACUAAAAAAGGCAUGUUACCUGUGCGAUGGAUGUCUCCUGAAAGUUUAUGGGAUGGAAUGUUUACUUCAAAGUCUGAUAUAUGGAGUUUUGGGAUCUUAGUGUUUGAGGUGGUAACAUUUGGGAGUUUUCCAUAUCAGGGAUUAUCUAACAAUCAGGUGCUGGAAUUCGUUAAAAAGGGAAACAGGCUCAUCCUUCCUGGCAACUGUCCUGAAGAUUUGUGUGACUUUAUACAUUCCUGUUUAUCCUAUGAGGCAAAUGACCGUCCAGACAUUGAAGAUAUAUUUGACAAGCUGAUGAAAGAUCCUACUUUCAUUCAACCGUGUCUGGAUGCUCCGACAACAAGUGUUGUGAUAGAGGAUAUGGAAUCAAUGGAACUAGUCAAUGCUUCCUGUCAAAAUACGAUAACAAAAUCUCACUCGGUCUUACCAACCCUUCUUAAUAGACUCUCACAGACAUCUCAGGAUGUCAAACGCCUAAGUGCUGGUAGUCAAGGCAAUAAACUGUCCACGCCCACAAAACUUUCAAUCAAAACUUUUGUGCCUUCUAUAUUUACACGCUCCCGUAGCAACAGCCUUGACCUGGUGGCUCAAUCACCAUGUAAGAAGGACCUGUGCAAUCAAUUUGAAGAAAUCCAAGAUUAUGAAAGUCCCGACAAUUCAGAAACUGCAAUAAAAUCCAAUCACAACUCCCAUGAAAUCCACGUAGACAGUGGCUACAGCCAGUAUCCUCUCCUGAGUCCAGGUGAGCGUGGUGACUCCACCAGUGAUUACUUCAGUGAUAAAGAUCAGUUGACGGUGCUAGAAAUGUGUGAAACUAUUACCUCAGUAUAA